UAUUAUUACAAAAAAUGCAAAAUAAGAGACGGGAUGACUUGUUAAAGAAAUCUAUUCGCGAAGCUCUAAACCCAUCAUCUUUUGAUGAUCCAAUGGAGGAAGAUGCUGUCGAAGAAGCAGUAACAGAUGAUGACGAAGUUGAAUUGGAAGAUGAAAGUAAGAAGUCUACCGAAUCUUUAGAAAAUGAUGAAGAAGAAUAUGAUAAAAAAUCAAAAGUUCGUGGCAAAGGAAUCAAAAAAGAAAAAGGGCAUACAGCUUCAAAAGCUGGAGAACGUCAAACAAAAACUUCAAGGAGCACUAAAUCAAAGAGAAAGGCUCAUGAUUAUUCUUCAGGAGAAGAAGUAGUAAGCCGUAGUGGAAAAGGCAUAAAGAAACGUAGAGCCACCGAAGAUAAACUUUCCAAACGUAAAAGGAAAUUUGCAUCUCUAUCAUAUACUGAUGAUGAUGAGGCAGAACAAAUGGAUGUGGAUGAACCUAGGGCUAAAGUGGAUGCCAAAAAGAAACAGGAACGUCGUCAGAAUUCAAAGAAAGAUAGAG